AGGGGCGGGGCAGCGCCGGAGGGACCCGUGUGGCGGGUCCCGUGUGGUGGCGGGCGGUCUCGGCCCCGUCCCCGCGAUGGGGUGGCUGCCGGCGCAGGGCCGCCUGGCGGCGGGGCUGCUGGUGAACCUGGGCGCCUCCAUCUGCAUUGUGUUCCUGAACAAGUGGCUGUACGUGCGGCUGGGCUUCCCCAACCUCAGCCUGACGCUGGUGCACUUCGCCAUCACCUGGCUCGGGCUCUACGCCUGCCAGGCGCUCGGCGCCUUCUCCCCCAAGAGCCUGCGGCCAUCCCAGGUGCUGCCCCUGGCCCUCAGCUUCUGCGGCUUCGUCGUCUUCACCAACCUGUCCCUGCAGAGCAACACCAUCGGCACCUACCAGCUGGCCAAGGCCAUGACCACGCCGGUCAUCGUGGUCAUCCAGAGUGUGGCCUACGGCAAGACCUUCCCUCUCCGCAUCAAGCUGACCCUGGUCCCCAUCACGCUCGGCGUCUUCCUCAACUCCUACUACGAUGUCAAGUUCAACCUCCUCGGAAUGGUGUUCGCCACCCUGGGCGUCCUGGUGACCUCCCUCUACCAAGUGUGGGUAGGAGCUAAGCAGCACGAAUUGCAGGUAAACUCUAUGCAGUUGCUCUACUAUCAGGCACCAAUGUCCUCGGCUAUGUUGUUGUUCAUCAUACCGUUCUUUGAGCCAGUCUUUGGAGAAGGGGGAAUAUUUGGGCCCUGGACGCUUUCUGCUGUGAUAAUGGUACUGCUGUCUGGCAUAAUAGCCUUUAUGGUAAACUUGUCCAUUUACUGGAUCAUUGGAAAUACAUCACCUGUCACGUAUAACAUGUUUGGACAUUUCAAGUUCUGCAUCACCCUGCUGGGAGGGUGCCUCUUAUUUAAGGAUCCACUCUCUGUGAACCAAGGCCUUGGGAUUCUUUGCACAUUGUUGGGCAUUUUAGCUUACACUCACUUCAAGCUUAAUGAGCAGGAAAGCAGUAAGAGUAAAUUGGUUCAGCGUCCAUAAAGCAAGGGUUUCUGGAAAUUAAUAAUAUUGUGAAGGAAAACAAGUAUUUAAAUAUGCAUUGAUUCUAGAUGCACAAAACACCCUCUUUCAUUUAGAUCUCUGGUUUUAGUUUAUUAACUUCCAGGAUUGUUAUUCUGUAACUAAACCAAAUGAACUGAAUUAUGUAAAAUGCUGGGGUUUUGCCAUCUCAGUCUGUCCUAUUGUUUUCAUUAAAUUUAAAUGGCAACUUAAAAGAGAAAAAGGCACUUCAUAUGGCUGUGGAAAUUAUACUGAAGUCAUUACAAUUUUUUUUGCAUACUAAAUAAGAUUAUGAUGGCUACAGCUAUAAGACAGAGAGAGAGAAAGAAAAGGAAUCACAUCUUUGUGAUAAUGCCAGCAUUACUGUUUUGAAGAAACCUGGAGGCAUUUUUAUGCAGAUAUUCUGGUAUGUAGUGAUGCUUCCUCCUUUUUGUCUGGUGGACAAUGGAGAGAUAGUAUCAUAGAAUGAUUUCGGUUGGAAGGGACAUUAAAGACCAGUUCCGACCCCCCUGCUGUGGGCAGGGACAUGUUUCACCAGAUCAGGUGGCUCAAGGCCCCAUCCAACCUGGCCUUGGACACCUCCAGAGAGGAGGCAGCCACAACUUUCAUGGACAGCCGGUGCCAGUGUCUGACCACUCUCUUCGUGAAGAAUUUCUUCCUAAUGUCUAAUCUAAAUCUUUCCUCUUUCAAUUUAAAGCCAUUCCCCCUCUUCGUGUCACUACAUGCGGUUGUAAAAAGUCCCUCUGCAGCUUUCCUGUAGGCCCCUCUCACGUACUGGAAGGCCACUGUAAGAUCAUCCCAAAAGCCUUAUUAGUUUUAAGAAGAGGCACCAAGCUCAUUCCUGUGUUUUCUGUGCUUUCUUAUAUGUGUUUGGCUUCAACGCAUUGAUAAAUUUUGGCUGAAGAAAGUAGACAAAAUUACAAGUGAAGAGAAACUAGAGGAGACAUUGGAACGCUUGAAGCUACAGGCCAAGCUAUAGAAAAGUAGGAAAUCUUAUCUAAACAGUUCAUCUGAAAUUUUUCUUUUGUUGUGUCAGGACAUUAAUGAAGCCAUUCGUGUUUUGGAAAAUUACGUUGCUGCUUUAUAAUUUCUUCGAUGCCAAAACUAAGGCUUUACAUGAGGUACUGUAAAUAGUCAUGAGUCUGAUAAAAUCUCUGAUUUUGUGGUAACAGCCAAAUGUUUUGCAGCCUGUGCCUGCGGCCACCCAUGCUAAAAAUGUUUUUGAAGAAAUGUCUGGAAAGGUCACCAUCUGUAAUGGACAUGAAGGUUGGCCAGUUCUCUCUCCUGCCUUCAACCUCACCUCCCUCGCUUCCACACCUUUCCUCAAGAAUUCCCUUUGGAUCUGCAGAUCUGCCUGUUGUUGUGCCAGGGGAGGCCCAAGGGCUCUCUGGUCGCUGAUGGGUAGGCAGCAACUCCUAAACAGAUGGUCCUUGGAAACCUGUCGGAGUGACUGAAGAGCAGGAGCUGGGACCUGCUUCUGCUCUAAUUUAGGAACGCUUUGAAAAUUAUUUGAUGCCAGUAUCAAGCACUGAUUUUGACAGCAUGAAAGGAAGCUUUUAAGUUCUGUUCUUUUUAAAAAAAGAAACAAAAAGUAACUGCUUUCAGUAAAUCUGGUGAGAACAUAUGUUUGCUAGAUUAGCAGGGUUAGAAUUUAUUUGCAGUAUCUAAUCCUUACAUUUUGGGUUCUUUUUAUCUUUGUCUACCUCUAGCAGAUAUAAAGAAGGGAAUUAUGUGAAUAAAUUCAGGUGUUUUAAGUUUUACAACCACCAACAGAAACGAUACUCGGUUCCUCUAAAGCUUUUUACAAUACAGGUAAGAAGUCUUUGUGUAAGAAACAAUGCAGAUCUUCUCAAGCUUGUAAAUUAUUUAUUCUGUUUCAGAGUUUUUGAUUUGACAAAAAGUUAUUUCUCUGUGUAACCUGAGUUUACAUGGUAAUACUCUCUAUCAUUUUAGAGUUAGAAAUACCUGAAUAAUUUUACAUCUUUACCAGCUGUGUCUUAGACAUCAUGCUGGUCCAAGGGUAGGUUUUUUGUAUACUUUUUUAAUAAAUCUAUAAUUAGUUUAAAAACACAGACUGUGCUACUGAGAGAUGUAUUCAGCCAGUUGAUCUCUGGAUGCGUAUCCCUCAGUACGUACACUGAGAAAGCCAUUUGCAUUAAUUUGUGCUGUGCACAAGUUCUUCUGAAAUGUAGAUAGACUGCAAAGACUCUUACAGUUGGAAAUCAACAACCGAAUUGGAAGCCUAUAUGACAAAAACGUAUGGCAUGAGACUGAUGUAAAUAAGAAGUGGUGGAAUGGACUAAAGAGCCAUGUCUGAAAAUACAGAAGACUCCUUAAGGAGAGUAGCAGAUUUCUGAGAGAAAGUGUCAAGUAAAACGGUACAUUGUAAGUACAGUCUGUUGCUGGAGUGUAUAAGUCAUGGGGGUCACUUAAGUGACCUGAUUUGUUUUCAUACAUUCAAGGACUCUCCUUUGAGAUUUACCUGUUGUAUCUAACAAAGAAAGUAUCUUGAAAUUUCUCAUAUGGUUCAAAAUAUUAAAUCCAGAAGGCUUCUGUAAUCGUGGGAUAAAUGGAUCUUUGUAUGUAUUGUUUGAAUACCAUGUGUGGGGUGGGAAUAAAUUUUUAAUCACUUG